AUGAACCGGGGACUCUUUCUUCGGCACCUGCUCCUUGUGCUGCAACUGGGACUACUCACAGCAGUCACCGAGGGAAAGGAGGUGGUGUUGGCCAAAAAAGGGGAAACAGGGGAGCUGCCCUGUCAGGGUUCCCCGAAGAAGAGCAUGUCCUUCAGCUGGAAAUAUUCUAACCAGGUCAUGAUUCUGAGAAACCAGGGAUCCUUCUGGAUUACAGGUAGCUCCAGGCUGAAACCACGUGUCGAGUCCAAAAAAAGCCUGUGGGACCAAGGAUCUUUUCCCCUGAUCAUCAGGAAUCUUGAGGUGGGAGACUCGGGGACUUACAUCUGUGAAGUGCAGGACAGGAAGACGGAGGUGGAGCUGCUGGUGUUUGCACUGACUGCCAACUCCAACACUCGCCUGCUGCAGGGACAGAGCCUGACCCUGAGCUUGGAGGGCCCCCAGGGUAGAAACCCCUCCUUGCAAUGUCAAGGUCCAGGGAAUAAAAAGAUAAGUGGGGUCGGCAGCCUCUCCCUGUCCCAGCUGGGGCCCCAGCAUAGUGGCCGCUGGACUUGUGCCGUCUCUCAGGACCAGAAGACACUGGAGUUCAGCAAGGACGUCGUGGUGCUGGUGAUUCAUCUCCAGAACAAUCUGACCUGCAAGGUGUGCGGCCCCGCCUCCCCGGAGCUGAUGCUGACCUUGAAGCUGGAGAACCAGGAAGCCAAGGUCUCCAAGCAGGCGAAGGUGGUGUGGGUGCUGGACCCAGAGGUGGGCACGUGGCAGUGUCUGCUGAGUGAGGGGGGCCAUGUCCUGCUGGAGUCCAAGAUGGAGGUUCUGUCCAAGAUGUUCCCCCAUGCCCAGCCAGUGCUCCUGAUCGUGCUGGGGACUGCCGCAGGCCUUCUGUUUUUCUCUGGGCUCAGCAUCUUCUACUGCGUCAAGUACCGGCACCGACGGCUAGCCUUCUGCAGGGGGAGGUGGAGACCACCCAGUAGCUGUGGACCCCCACAGCUUACUUUGCAUUUCCCCAUCCUCCCACCCCAACUUCCCCGAGCUGAAAGGAAAAUAAAAUACUUACUAGAAAG